UAUCCGAUUCUAUAAAUACAAGACGCUCCCGAUGAAUCCCCUUCUUCAAAUCCUCCCUAACCUUAUCAAUCUUAUCUCUAUUCUUCUCCAUAAUCUUCCUUUCUUCCCUCCUCUCCUCCUCCGUCAAAGGCGGAGGAAGUAUUCCUUCAGGCGGGUUAUACCACUGUUCUUCAGGCACUUUCGUCCCAUCCACGCCACGCCAAAAUGCCUCAACUUCCGGAUCGUAGGGUAAACGAUCAAUAAGGGCUUUGACAAGUGCAGGUCGUAGAGGAACGGCGUAGUGAAUGUUGCGAUCAGCGUCGAGGAAGCGGAAAACUCCGUCUCUGCCGAGGUCUGCAAGACCCAAUAGAUCAGGAUCGCGAUCCAUGUUGCGCAGAAUGUCGCUUAUUUCUUUUUGAUCAGGUGAAAGGUCUUUGUAGGCGAUGCAGCCUUCGCUGCUGCAGCAUGUUGCUUCAGGAUCGAUUGAUUCGUGAAUCUCUGUAUUGGAUUGAGACAUCGUCUGCAAUAUUUUGAUGUAGGGAUAGAAAGUUGAAAGGGAAAGCCGUCUUGACCUUGAGCCAUAAAUCUCGGCAAAUCUGAUGGCGUUGCUCUUAUCAAUCAUAAGAGCCAUGCUGCAUCAUUCAGUUAGACAUGUGAUGACUGUCUUCUAAUCCCUGCUGUAAGACCAACCAACAGUCACCCAACCAACAACAGGAAGAACAUGGCUCGAUCUAAACGUAAUGAUUUUUACUAGCGUAAACCAUUCUCAAAAGGCCCCUCUUCAAAGUCCUGAAUCUGCCUAUUUCUAAUCAAAUCAUCCCAAAAAAGGUUCCUUGUGCAGCCAACGCCGCAAGGUUUUGCUGCCCCCAUUGACUAGCAACCAAGUUGACUGUUAAUGCCAGGCUCAAAUACACCUGCCCCUCUUGAAAACUGCUCCACCCUGGGCCAAAGCAAGGAGGAUGAGAACAUCUAUUUGCAUAACCUCGAAUUUCCACAUCUCUCUUGCUAGGAGUAGUCUGCUUGUCAUCAGGCUGCGGGUCUUUUUUCUCCAAAUCCAUGAGCAAGUUGAGCACUUCCUUGCUCAUUUGUUCAUCCGUAGCCAAGACAAUCCUCUCAUCGACUUCAAUGACAAAGCCUCCAUACUUGGGGAGGAGAACUCCUGCGAAUCGAGGGGCAGCUUUCAGCUCGUCCCAGUUGGUGACCCAGACAGCAUCUUUUGGGAUUUCAACGGUGUAUUUGGCGUUCGCCAUGCUACCGCCGAGCAAAGUGGUUAAGAGGGAUGGGACUAUAGCACAUCAGUCAGUGUUUGGGUACUUCUGUAUCAUAGAGAAGUCAUAGUCGUACUCAGCUUCAUUUUGAUAGCUUGAUGGCAAGUCCGGCCAAUGAUUCUGUAAUGCCAAAGGCUCUAAAGUGGUUGGGAAACUGUAGUGACGUUUGGAAAGUUCAUGUCCAUCAACAAGUACUUAUAGAUCAAGAAGAGUCAUCAUCACAUGAUGCCUUGACUGUGCCUCUUUGACCAGAUCACUGAUGAAGCUUACAGCACUGCUAGCCAUGAAGGCAACUGCCAUAAAAGGGCUGGUCAAUUACAUAAAACGUUAUUUUAUCUGUAUGUUGGUUGCAGGGAGAACGCUAUGAUUGAUGC